UUAUAUAUCUUAGUUGUUAGCAUUUUCUAUUACAUUUAUAUUUAUACCUGUUAAUCUCUAUGUCGAUACUCAAUUUUGAUAUAUUAUCCUUGAAAUAUGUACAAGAGAUAUGCUUUGACAUGUUCCUCAAUGUUGCCUAGGGGAACAUGUAUUUCCUUCUCAGUGAUGACUGCAGUAAGAAACGUUUCCUUUGUUUCAAAUAACGAAAACUGUAUUUGAAUAGCCAGUCAACUUUGAAAAUGGUAAUUUCAAUUAAUGUUCAUGUUCAUUAUUGUAACUGUUAUAAAACCCUGCAGUUUUCACCCAAAAAAGGAAAACUCAAACAAAGGAUGCCCCUUGACGUGGUGUUUGAGCUUUAAACUAAUGCAUCCGGCAAUAUUUCAACAACUCAGAUUUAGAUCUUGCCCUGGUAAGCAUCUUUUUUAUUCUUUUUCAGGUAUCAUCUUUUUACCUCACAGAUUCUUUACUGUGCUACUUUCACAUCUGGUAGAACAGUCGCAAGACUGGCAACUUAAUACCCAAAGAAGUGGAGUUUUUUUAUCACGUCACCACUAAAGGGGCACAGAGAUGCAGGGCCUUCCCAACGAAAAUGAUUACAUUUUCGUUGAUGAUACGUUUCUUGCUAAUACUAACAUCAAGGGUAACUCUGGCAAAUAUUUGAACAGGGACAGGGAUUUAUUGUACGAGGGCAAAUGUGAAAUUCAUUUCGACUUAGUUUACUGUAAAUAAUAAUAACAACAAUGAGCCCACAAAAUGACUAUCAAUACGUUUAGAGCUGCACGAUUUGUUUUGAAUAGGGCAUUACUUCCCCUACUAUAUCUAAUUAGUAGCUACGCCUUCUACGAAAUUCAAUAAAUAGCACUAUCUACUAUACUAAUAUCAUAUACUAUUGAACAUUUAUUCUAAGAUGUUGUGUAAUCUCAUUUGCCUGUUUUAGAUUGGAAUUACUUUGCAUGCUCUAUUUAAUUAGUAGCUACGCCUUCUACAAAUGGCAAUAAAUAGCACUAUCGUAUACUAUUGAACAUUUAUUCUAAGAUGUUGUGUAAUCUCGUUUGGCUGUUUUAGAUUGGAACUACUUUGCAUGCUCUGUUUAAUUAGUAGCUAUGCCUGCUACUAAUGGUAAUCAAAAGCACUACGAGGAUAAUUUGGAGAAAAGAAGAAGGGGCUCCUUCAUUUAAGUCAAGGGUAGCCCACCAAUUUCAGAUUAACAAGAAUACGGAGUUCAUUUUCACUGAUGAUGAAAACCGCAAAAUUCAACGCAUCAGGGCAGAUAGGACCACACUGCACGUCCAAGUCACGGGCAAACAGCGGGAGAAAGCCAGGGAGAAUAAAAAGAAAACGCGGGCAAGGUUGAAAGAGCACCAGAAAUUGCGAAGUGAAAAGUCGAAUAAGAAAGAAGAACAAUAUGGAUCCUUCAUUAAUGGAGAGGUUAGAAUCGUUGAAAAGGUUUGUGGACCGAACGAACGAGAUGCUGGUCCAGAGGCUCCAUAUCAUAGAGGCAGGUAUUGCCUCAAUAUUGCAAGAUGCAACAAUGAACAAUAGCUUGCAGGACGAAUCCAUAGACAAUUCUAUUUUAGAAUUGGAUGUCAAUUUUUCUCAAAACAGGAACUAACAAUCGCAAAAGAUAUCUUUUUGUGUGUUUUAUCUCUACCUAUUAAAGACAUUACACAUAAAGACAUUCUACUUUUAGCGAGUUGCUAAACCUCUUCAACAAAAGAAUUGCAAGGUUAAAGUUUGCGGCAUGGACAUUACAUCGAGUAUUACUGAAUAGUAAUGAGAGAAUGUUGAAAAAAAUUUCUUCGAUAAUUAGAGUUUUUUGCGGUUAAAGAUUUUCAUUAAACAGAUUAAUAGCAACAAGGAGGACGCAAAGUAUAUAGAGCCCCACGACUCAAUGUGGGCUACAAAAACAUGGUUAAAAUGAUGAAUAACUGAAUUAUGAAUAAAUAAAAGAACUUCUAGGAGAAACCCGUGAAAAAUGUGUCAACAGAGAAUAAGCAGAAGUAAAUUUUUGCCAAACUUUAAAGGCAUUACAUUGCGCCGACGUUCAUUCGAUUACCGAAAAAAACAAAUUUAUAUUUCAUUGACUUCUCAUUUCGUAACAAAAGGAGGUCUCUUACUUGCUAUAGAUCAAUUGUACUAAUUUGUCACGCUUCUCAUAUUUUGAGCACACUGCCUUUAACGUAAAAUUCAGGAUAAAGAUUAGCCUGCAAAAUAUUAAUGGAGGGUAAAAUACAUAAAUCUAUAGAAGGCUUAAGCAUUGGAAUAAGAAUAAACAGAUAAGACCAAGGGGGUAAACCGUGAAAAUAACCCGGACCACGAAUAGAAAAAGGCUUGAAAAAUGUUUUCAAGGUCAUGCAGUACAAAAUGCAUGACAAAAGUCACAUCAUCAUAUGGCUUGCAGUGCAUCUUCCUCUACAACAUAAUGUUUAUUUCCAAGAAGGAAACGAGGAAAGGAUUCUUAAUGUGAACCCAAACACAACAUUAACUGCAUAGUUUCAACUUAAUCAAGAUGACGAAGAUGCUCAACAGUAUCUUUAUACUGAAGUUCCAGAGCAUUACACUUUUCAUCUGAGGACAAAGAAAUGGAAAAAAAGACAACGUACUGCAAGGUCCAUUAUUGGGAGGCUUUAUCAAGUUCAACCUACAGAUCCACAAAGGUAUGCCCUUCGACUACUAUUGCUUCACCGCAGAGGGGUCACAUCCUUUGAAGACAUAAGAACCAUUGAUGGACAGCUGUAUGACACAUUCAAGGAUGCAGCAAGAGCAAUGGGUCUACUAGAAGAUGAUGCUGAACACAGACGUUGCUUAGAAGAGGCCACAAUCAUGAAUAUGCCUUCACAGAUGAGAAAGCUGUUUGCUACACUGAUGGUAUUUCAAACUCCAUGUGACAUCAGGGACCUCUUUAAUGAAUUCAAGGAAGCUAUGUCUGAAGACUAUGUGAGACAUUAUCAACUUAAUGAUCCAGCCAUUGUAUUCCAAGACAGGCACAUGUAUCUUUGUCUGUGGGAUAUUGAUAAUAACCUGAGGGUUCAUGGUAAAUUAAUCGAAGAUGUUGAAUUUUCAGGCCUCCCACAGCUUCCAGACAACUUCGUCCAACCAGGCAACAGAGCUGGCUAUAUUGAUAUUGACACUGAGAGACAUCAACAAUUCUGCCAAAUAUUGAGAAGUUGGCCAAGGACGUGCAGCACCAAGUUGCCCAUUAGCUUCUUGUAAUACACUGAACAGUGAACAUGUACUUUACAUCUAUGUUUGUAUUUACGUACAGCUUCCACGUUACAGUACAUUUUCCGAUAAACACAUUUUUAUUGAUUAGAUUAGUAGUUAGGUUAUUAAAAUUAUACUGUAUUUUGAGUUGCGGCCCUCGUAUGCAUUUCAAAAAUCAAAUUUGGCCCCCUGUUCUAUAAAGGUUGCCGACCCCUGGCUUAAAGUUUUCACAACAAAUGGUUGCUUAACCAGUAACAUUGUUUACCGUGAAGUUCUGGCCUAAACAGAUGUCAUCAGAUUAUUGUUUAUAUUUUAUGUAUAGAUGGAAACUAGCUAUUUGUCAUAAAAUUAUGGUGACAUUCAAAAUUAAUGAAUAUGAGAAUACAACAUCCAACCUGGUUCUUAACAGAAUGUCAUAUCCAGAUAACAAUUGGAGCAUUUUUAAAUACCUAGAUUCUUUGAGGCUGCACACCAUUUAUCCAGUGGUGCACCUGGUGAGCUCAAAGGUCCUACAUGUACACAUUCAGUCCUACUUUUUGUGUCUUGUUUGCAUUUCGGUGCCACAACAGCUCACAUUUUGUUAUUGGAAGAUACACUUGCACCUCAUGGUGUUCAGUGAGCUCAUGGACCUUGCAUGUUGAUAAUGUCAGUUCUCAUGCAGCACUUUGGUGCCCAAAAUGAGCUCAAGUUUUUAGCUUAAAAUGCUUCAUUUGUCAUGGUGCACCAUAUCAACCUAUUGAUUAAUAAAAGUGCCAGGCUCUCUUUGAUUUUUUGAUGAUGAUAACAAGACGGUUUUACUGGAUUCCUCUUGUACAUUGGUGCACCUGGUGAGCUCAAAGGUCCUACAUGUACACAUACAAUUCUACUGUUUGUGUCUUGUUUGCAUUUCUGUGCCUCAACAGCUCACACACAUUGUUAUAAGGGGAUACACUGUAUCUUGCACCUUAUGGUGUUCAGUGAGCUCAUGGACCUUGCAUGUUGAUACUGUCAGUUCUCAUGCAGCACUAUGGUGCCCAAAAUGAGCUCAAAUUUUAGCUUGAAAUGCUUUGUUUACCAAGGUGCACCAUAUCAGCCUAUUAGUUAUAUAUCUUUGUUCAGAAAAACAGCAAGUGAUCUAUAAAAUGUUCAACUAAUACAUCUCUUCUUGAACCACAUUUAUCAUUGGCCAACUUAAAUGGAAAUUGAACUACCGUUAACAAAUCACUGAAUGAAUAAACUACUCUACCUAUAUUUAGCUCUAUCUGUAAAUAAUUAAGAACUUCAUUGCAAAUAAUUGAUGUUAAUAUUCCACUCCGAUCUUUUUAUAUAUCUUAGUUGUUAGCAUUUUCUAUUACAUUUAUAUUUAUACCUGUUGAUCUCUAUGUCGAUACUCAAUUUUGAUAUAUUAUCCUUGAAAUAUGUACAAGAGUUAUGCUUUGACAUGUUCCUCAAUGUUGCCUAGGGGAACAUGUAUUUCCUUCUCAGUGAUGACUGCAGUAAAGGUUAUCACGUCACCACUAAAGGGGCACAGAGAUGCAGGGCCUUCCCAACGAAAAUGAUUACAUUUUCGUUGAUGAUACGUUUCUUGCUAAUACUAACAUCAAGGGUAACUCUGGCAAAUAUUUGAACAGGGACAAGGAUUUAUUGUACGAGGGCAAAUGUGAAAUUCAUUUCGACUUAGUUUACUGUAAAUAAAAAUAACAACAAUGAGCCCACAAAAUGACUAGCAAUACGUUUAGAGCUGCACGAUUUGUUUUGAAUAGGGCAUUACUUCCCCUACUAUAUCUAAUUAGUAGCUACGCCUUCUACGAAAUUCAAUAAAUAGCACUAUCUACUAUACUAAUAUCAUAUACUAUGGAACAUUUAUUCUAAGAUGUUGUGUAAUCUCAUUUUCCUGUUUUAGAUUGGAAUUACUUUGCAUGCUCUAUUUAAUUAGUAGCUACGCCUUCUACGAAAUUCAAUAAAUAGCACUAUCUACUAUACUAAUAUCAUGUACUAUUGAACAUUUAUUCUAAGAUGUUGUGUAAUCUCAUUUGCCUGUUUUAGAUUGGAAUUACUUUGCAUGCUCUAUUUAAUUAGUAGCUAAGCCUUCUACAAAUGACAAUAAAUAGUGUUAAA